CGCAAACAUAAGCCAAUGCCAAAGAUGUUCGAUAUUAGCAAUUUCGACGAUGUCUUCGCAUUCGAUCCAAAGUACAGCUAUGCUGCGGAAAGUGUGGAGAGCAUAGAGCAACACAGGACAACUUUUGAAGGGCUGUUUGUUGACAGGGUCCUCAAAGUGCUUGAGAUCAAGAGGCCGAAUAAAAGCUACCCUCCAAAAAGCAAUGGUGACUUGAGGAGUCUUCAUCACGCUGUCGUUAGCUCGAACGCCGCAGACCAUACGAAGGUGUCGCUCUUGUAUUAUAUUCUCCUGGACUGCGACGAAAAGGCACGAAACAAUGCGAACUCAAACGCCUUCGAGGAAAUGUCAUUCAUGCCGAAAAAGUAUCAAAUAUUCAUGAAGGGCCUAUGGCACAUGGACAGAGCGGAAUUUGAGACUGCUCUACAAAACCUCACACACCCCUCACUUAUUCCCACCUUCCAAGAAGAAAUUUUAGGGGUUUUGGUCAAACAUUCCCCAGCAGACGAUAUGCGCCUUCCAUUGGCGUAUUAUCAUACUGUACUGCCCGCGCUGGUCAACACGCCCGCAUUGGACAGCCUUUUCCUGGCGAUAGCAAGAACAAGUGUGACAGAGGCAUUCUUUUUUCUCCGAAGCCAAUCCGAGCUAGAUCAAACCCGCAUGUUUGAGUCUUUAUUACGGCAUAUUACUCAAGAACCGCUGGGUGACAGGACUGCAGCACGCGGGAUUGAGCUCGUAAACUUGCCAUUUACUAAAGAAGAAGAAGCCUUGUUCGAACAGGUCUUGACGGGCAUGGGUGGAAGGACGGCCGCGAGGGCAAGAGAUCUAGUGAUGCUCCGGAGAAUAGGGACGGGGAAAUUUAACGAGGCACUGGAUGUUGACUGCAACAGGAGCAAAACUGUUGGCGGUUUAAAUUGGGAAUCUUUACAAGAAGGCAUCCGAGAGGGCCUGGGACCGCGAUAUGAUAUUUCAAGGAUGAGAUAGUCGGCUGGACAUUGCACGGAAUAGGCAAAGUAAGGGAGUCAAUCAACAUGGCGUCUGGCAUCUUUGUAAGCCGAAUAAGAAUUAUCCAUGUAGAAUGCGAAUUGAGUUACCUAA